UUCUGUCUCCUCCUCUGUCCCGUGUGCCUGUGUCUCAGCUCCAACUUUCCAGCAGCUGCUGCACUCAGCUCUCUCUCUCGCUCUCUCUCGUGCCCUCGCAACAGUCAGUCGUACCUACGGCCACCAUGAGCCUCAGAUCCUCAUACAGCGUGCGCUCCAGCCGCAGCAACGUGCCCAUGGCCCAGACCACCAUCCACCGCACCUCUGCGGCGCCCGCCUACCGUGCGGCCAGCAUCUACGGGGGCGCCGGGGGUCACGGCACCCGCAUCUCCUCCGUCUCCUACGGUGGGGUGCGCAGCGGCGCCCCCAUGGGCAUGGGCUCCUCCGGCGGUGGUGGGGCCUCCUUCUCCAUGCACGUGAGCGGCAGCGACGCCAUGGGGGGCAUCAUGGGCAACGAGAAGGGCGCCAUGCAGAACCUGAACGACCGCCUGGCCUCCUACCUGGAGAAGGUCCGGUCCCUGGAGGCCGCCAACAGCAAGCUGGAGGUGCAGAUCCGCCAGGCGCUGGAGAAGAGAGGCCCCGACGUGAACGACUACAGCCGCUACCAGGUCAUCCUGGACGAGCUCAGGAAGAAGGUGUUCGACGCCACUUGUGACAAUGCCCGCCUGGUGCUCCAGAUUGACAACGCCCGCCUGGCUGCCGAUGACUUCAGAGUCAAGUAUGAGUCAGAGCUUGGCAUCCGCCAGUCUGUGGAGGCGGACAUCGUGGGCCUGAGGAAGGUCAUCGACGACACCAACCUGAACCGCAUGAACCUGGAGAGCGAGAUCGAGUCCCUGAAGGAGGAGCUCAUCUUCCUCAAGAAGAACCACGACAACGAGGUCAUGGAGCUGCGUAACCAGGUCGCCCAGUCCGGCGUGCAGGUGGACGUGGACGCUCCCAAGGGUCAGGACCUCGCCCAGGUCAUGGAGGAGAUGCGGGCGAAAUACGAGAAGAUGGCACAGAAGAACCAGGAAGACCUCAAGAAGUGGCACGAAUCACAGAUCCAAGAAAUCCAGGUGCAGAUCACACAGAGCACAGAAGGCCUGCAGGGCGCACGCACAGAGGUCACUGACCUCCGCAGACAGAUCCAGACGCUGGAGAUUGAGCUGGAGUCCCAGAGGAGCUUGAAAGGGUCGCUGGAAGGCACACUGCGCGACACGGAGAUGCGCUACAACAUGGAGAUCGAACAACUGAACGAGGUGCUCCGGGGCCUGGAGGCGGAGCUGACGCAGCUGCGGCACAACAUCCAGCAGCAGACGCACGAGUACGAGGCCCUGCUCAACAUCAAGAUGAAGCUGGAGGCCGAAAUCGCCACCUACAGACGCCUGCUGGACGGCGAAGACUUCAAACUUCAAGACGCCCUCCAGGACCAGAAGACACUAAAGACGAAGGUCACGACAGUCACGCAGACCCUGGUGGACGGAAAGGUGGUUUCCUCGAGCACAGACACCAAGGAACGGGACUACUAGUCCUAACCCUCCCCCCUUCCUGUUCUACGUGCCACACAACACAAACACGAAUGGCCCGCCACUGACACAAAACCAACAACGUCGUAAAUCAUUGCACUUGUUUUUUUAACCCUGACGGUUCAAAUGUACGCAAGGGAAACUUUCUACAAACCCUACCUUGCUGCGGCGAGGUAGAUGUGGAAAAUGUAACUUAAUUUAAUUUAAUCAAGCCAAUUUGACUGAGAAAAUGUUCCCUUUUUGCAGGCUCUUAUUUGCAGCUUUGACUCAUGUCAGUGUUAUUCCAACCAUGUCUUUUGCCAGUGUUUUCCCUGUUGUGUUGUCAUCUGUGUGUCUGUUCGUAAUAAAAAACAACAUUUCUCAAAGCA